AUGUCCUAUCAACACAAGUCUGGUGCUCAGAAACGACGGCAUCUUUACAAGCAACUCCAAGUGAAGGGGAAUUCGCUCAUAGCCAAGCCAGUUCAUUUCGUUUUUGACGUCGGAACGUCUCCAGCAGCUCCUACAACACAGGAACUAGAAGAAAUGAUACGAAAAGGCCAUCUACCACAUCCCGAGCAGUUUCCCAAUGACAUUACUGGCAGAAAAUUUCCCACAUCUGCACUGAAAUUCAGACAACCGAUUGGUGAAAUAAGUUUCAGAAGAUGGCUUGUGUUCAGCCCUGCUAAGAGUGCUUUAUUCUGUUUGCCAUGUAGACUAUUCACCAGUGCAAUGGGCCAUACAACAUCCCAAUCAGUCUUGGCGUCCACCAAUGGAUGGAGCACAGCACAAAAAUGGAGAAAACUUUUCGACAGGCUUCCUGAGCAAGAGCACAGUACGGCACACACAAAAUGCUACCUUGCCUGGCGAGAAUUGGAGAGGCGUUUGGAAGAAUCUCCUGGAGUUGACAUGCUCCAUGAUGACAGAAUUCUCUCAGAGGCUCACAAAUGGAAGCAGAUUCUCGCAAGAAUCAUUCAUGUCCUUGUCUUUCUUGGUCUUAUUGAGCUUCUUGCUCACUAUGAUCCAGUUCUAUGCGAGCAUGUAACAAAAAUUCAAGUAUCACAGGAAAAAGGUGAAAGACUGCAAGCUCAUUAUCUUUCAGCAUCAUCCCAGAACGAGUUCAUUGGCUUGUGCGCAGAGUAUUUUCGCAGUCGUGUUUUGGAUGAAAUUGAUGAUGCAAAAUACUACUCAAUCAUAGUCGAUGCAACACCUGAUUCAAGUCAUGUUGAACAAACCACCUUUAUAGUCCGUUAUUUGACGAGGGAGCUUCAAAAAAUUUUUGUCCAAGAGCGUUUCUUGACAUUCGUUGAUUGUUGUAAGAAGACCGGUCUUGAAAUAGCCAUGCUAAUUUUGGAAACCUUGAAACAGUUUGGAAUUCCACUUGCAGAUUGCCGUGGUCAAGGAUAUGAUAAUGCUGCAAACAUGUCUGGCAAAUAUAAUGGAGCCCAACAGCACAUCCUUGCUGAAAACCCUUUGUGCCUGUAUUCGCCCUGUGCCUGCCAUUCACUGAAUCUAUGUGGAGCAGAUUCUGCAGCUUGCUGUAAAGAAGUAGUGACAUUUUUUGGUAUGGUACAAAUGGUGUACAAUCUAUUUUCCUCCAGUCCCCAGCGAUGGUCAAUUCUUCAAGAAAAUAUUGGAUCCUUUCUGCACGGCCUGUCAGGUACAAGAUGGACUGACCGUGUUGCAAGUGUGCGACCAUUUGCAGCUCAACUGCCAGGAAUACGCUCAGCUCUGGAGCAACUUCAUACACUGAAUCUUACCCCUAAGACUACCACUGAAGUUAAUGGCGCCGUAAAAUACAUUUCCUCUUUUAGUUGCAUCCUCAUGUCUACAAUCUGGUUUAAGAUUUUGGUAGCAAUUGAUCAAAGAAACCAGAUCAUACAAGCAAGGCAAGUAAACAUUGAUGUAGAGGUCUCCAAUCUGAUAUCACUUGUGAACGACCUUAAAGAUCUGCGCAAAGGCGGUAUAGUUGAGGAAGAGGCAGCAAUUAAAUAUGACGUUUUCUAUGUUAUUCUUGAUUCCGUUAUUACUGGCCUCUCAACAUGGUAUGAUGCUGCACACAAAAUAGAUGAUUUGUUUGGCUUUCUUUGGAGAUAUCUCGCCUUAACAGAGCAGCAAAUUUCCACAGCCUGUGUUACCGUGGCAAAGCAAUACAACAAUGAUAUCUUUGGAGACGAAUCAUUAAGCAUUAACAUUGCCAGUUACCGUUGCUUCAGCAGAGCGAUCUUUCAGCAAAUUCAAGAUCGUCAAAAACUUCAUACGGAGCACAAUGACACAAGACGAUUGAAUGACUUAACUAUUCUAGGCACAGAGAGCGACCUUACGCGUAAGGUUGACUUCAGUAAUGUAAUUAACGCCUUUGCACUAAAAAAGGCUCGCAAACGUUUAACAUCAAAUGUUCCAGCCAAUUUUUUUCCCGUUUAUGACAAUCCACUGAAAAUGACCUAUAAUCUCUUUUUGAGCUUCAGUUACUUGCACCAGUUCAGUUCCUUUGCCAACUGGUUUGGGAUAAUUCACAAGCUAAUCCAUUUCCUGAUCUCCCUUUGGAUUGACUCCCCUUCUCUGGAUAUGGUAGCUUUCACAGUCCCAGCUUACAGUAAAGUAUCCUUUAAUUUCUCCACGCUGCCCUUAGAAGAUUAUCUCUUACAUAUCAGGUACAUGUGGCCACAAAGUCUUUACUUGCCAUACACAUUAGAAGCUUAUUCCUGA